CAACACUUCAUAGCAUUGAAGUGUGUGUGUGUGUGUGUGUGGUGACCACAAGUACUUGGAACCAAGAGCUAAUUCUUCAUAACUACGCUGGUAGUCGAAGCUGGAUUGUUUUCAUCAGACAAACCUCUGCAGUCAUCUACUGGUAGCUUACAGAACUUGUGAAGAGGCUAUAUCUUAGGUCCGGCUGGAACAUUAUCUAUCGUUAGCUGUUGUUAUUUUGCUGGUUGAGCAAUGGUGAAGAUACAUGCUUCACUUUAAAAUGAAUGCUGCCCCAUGUAGAGUGAGUGAGUGAAGUGUGGUACCCAGUGCCUCUGUGUGGUGGGGGGUGAUGAGAGACAUCAUGGCUAACCUCAGCAGCAUCUCAGCCUCUGCCGCUGCCCGAGUGUCGCGGCCCAGAGAGGGGCGCCCACUGAAGGAGAGCACGGCAACAGAGGGAGAGGUGGAGGAGGGGUACGAAGGGAGCACGCUGAUGGAGAAGACGCAGGAGUUCUUUCAGCUCUGCGACAUCCAGCAGAAGGGCUUCAUCACACGACGGGACAUGCAGAGGCUGCAUGGAGAACUUCCUCUUAGUGCGGACGAGCUAGAGAACGUUUUCGACACCCUAGACGCCGACGGCAACGGAUACCUCACCCUGGACGAGUUCUCCUCUGGAUUCAGUGAGUUCAUGUUCGGCCAGAGGGUGUCAGUCUCAGAGCUGGGGGAGGAGGGGGCUGUUGAUGCCACCCCCCCUGAGGCGCUGUACCAGAGCCGCUGGGAGGAGAGUCUGACUGGGGGAGGAGGAGGAGAGGAGGAAGAGGAAAGGAACUUCUGCAUGCUGAUGGAGAGUCUGGGGGCCAGCAAUGUGUUUGAGGACCCAGUUGAGGUGCGUAGUCUGUGGGCGCAGCUGCGGCAGGACGAGCCUCACCUGCUGGCCAACUUUGAGGAGUUCCUGGCGCGGGUCACGUUUCAGAUUAAAGAGGCCAAUCAAGAGCGGCAGGAGAUGGAGAGCGCACUUAAGAGGAAAGCAGUGACGCAUGAUGACGAGAUUCAGCGUUUGUACGAGGAGAUGGAGCAACAGAUCAAAAAUGAAAAGGAACGGAUCCUUUUGCAGGACUCGGAGCGGUUCCUCUCACGCAGCCAGGACAUGGAGCACCAGCUGUCCAGUAAGGAGCGCGAGCUGGACCAUCUCUUCCAGAAACAGAAGAGGUUGGAGGGUCAGUGUCGGGACAUGAGCAGUGAGCAGCAGGAGACGCGCGUUGAGAAUGCCAUGCUGCGCCAGACCAACGAGGAGCUGCAGAAGGAGCUGGAACACACCACCCAGGAGCUGGACUUGGCUCAGGACCACCUGGGCCUACUGCAGGAGCAGGCCUCACAACUGCACGAAGAGAAAGAGCUUGAGAUGUACCGUGUCACUGAAGGCCUACAGAGAGAGAGGGCCAGCCUGCUGAAACAGCUAGAUCUACUGAGGGAAAUGAACAAACACCUUCGGGAUGAGAAAGAUAUGUGCUAUCAGAAACCCAUGGGUGUGUCUAAAAUCCCGUCCUUGAGUCAGAGAUCUGCAUCCCUCGGCUCCAGAUACACAGAGAGGAAGUCCUCCUUUAAGAGUGACACUGAUGAAGAGGAAGUCCCGUCCCACUCCAAGAGGAAGAGCAUGAUGGGACUGAAUGGCCACAGCUUCCCCCAAGGGCAGGAGGAGCAGGGGGACGGGGCCCUGCCCAUCACCACUCCACCCCGUAAACAGCUCCAGAGGAUCAUCUCCAUAGAGGAGGACCACCUGCCUGAUCUCCUACAGGAGGAGCGCAGGCCCCAGCUCCACCAGUGGAGCGAAGAGGAGGAUUUAGAGGAAGGCAUUGACUUGCAGAUGAGUAACAUCUACCCGCCCCGGUCCAGCACCCCCAGCUCCGAGGGACGCCCCUCCGACGCCCCCACCUCCCCCCGCCACCAGCCCGUCGGCAAGGAAACCAUAUGCAGCGCUGAAGGGGCAUCCUCUUCUCCAGACCGUCUCUUUAAGAUUGUUCUGGUGGGAAACUCGAGCGUGGGGAAAACGUCCCUGCUGCGCCGUUUCUGCAAUGACAGCUUUUACCCUGGCACUUCAGCCACAGUAGGUAUUGACUACAGUGUGAAGACAAUUACUGUGGAUGGCAGCCAGGUGGCCCUGCAGAUGUGGGACACGGCAGGUCAGGAGAGGUAUCGCAGCAUCACCAAGCAGUUUUUCCGCAAGGCAGACGGAGUGGUGGUCAUGUAUGACAUCACAGCCCAGCUGACGUUCACUUCAGUGCGACAGUGGCUGACCAGUGUGCAGGAGGGAGCAGGGGAGGACAUACCCAUCAUGCUACUCGCCAAUAAAACUGACCUGGAGGGGCAGCGGGAGGUACAGGGGCGCGUGGGCGAGUCCUUAUCCAAGGAGCUGCAGCUCAUCUUCUAUGAAUGCAGCGCUUUCUCUGGUCACAACGUGACUGAGGCCAUGGUCCACUUAGCACGGCUUUUGAAGGAGCAGGAGGACUGGGAAAAGGAGAAGACGGUGACACUAUUGGCCAGCUCUUCAAAGAAGAAGUCCUGUUGCUAGUGGUUGUCCGCUAACUACAGCCCUGCACCCCCAAAGCCACACACUCGCGCAACUACCACGUCCACCUGGCACUGUAAACUAAGGCGUCCUGACUGUAUUCAGUGUUAGCUGUUAUGCGUAUGGAAUACGGACCACGUGAACUAGGCCAGUCAGAGGCAGGCUUUGGAACAGAGCUGUCCCUGAUCUGGUGAACUGACGUGAUGACAUCUGUUCAGGAAUCAGUUUCUGUUUGGGCUUAAGUCCUGAGGGCACAUGAUGUGUUGAUGACUGUGACACUGUUGACGUUUGAGUUAGAGAGACUCUGUCUCUCUCUGUGUUCACCUGUUGUCAUGGACACCAUAUAAAAGAUGUCUUCAUAAACACCAUAGACCUCUGUUUUUAAAUUGGAAAUGGGCAGUUGGUCUGCGCUGAUAGUAGUAGUUGUGGUCUUGAUGUAGUUCCAACAUAACCAACCGGCAGGAGAAGAUGGGAAAGGUACAGUUUGAAAUGUACAGAGCAGCAACACACAGAGGUGAAGGUGCAGAACACACGAUUAUACACACAAUCACAGCACAUAAUCCCGUUAACCUAAAUUUUACGAUAAAAGUUUCUUUCUUUCUUUGUCUUUUGUUUGUUUUUGUAAAUGUAAAACAUAUUUUUAGUGAUGUGUAAGGAACAUUUGUAAGGAACAGAGUUUUCGCAUAAGCAGACAACAUUCCCAUCAGUCCCCAGUCACACACACACACACACACACACACAGGCCUAAUGGCCUAUGUGUGGCAUUCAACACUUCAUCCCCCCAGCUGCAAAUGAUCCACUCUCUUUGACUGAGACGCUCCUCUAAUUGUUUGAAUUGUCUGUGUAAUUGAUGCAUAAUCUAAAUUUGAUGUUUUGCUGCAGCAUAUUGCACUAGGGAUGGAAUAUGUGUUUGUCUAAGUAUUUCCAGAACUCGUACUUCUGCUGUAUUCAUUUGAGAGCGUCUCUUGUUGUAGAUUUUAAACACAUGGUCUGGUUAUGAAGUUGCUUUUGUCUGACUCACAAAUGGCUUGGGUAUUGUUGAAUGCUUUCACAGUGAGUUGUAAACACUCAAGCACCAAUGUGUGAAGUCGUUAAUGUGCUCAUCUGUGGGAUUUUAUUGAAUAGACCAAAGUCUUAUGAUUGCCAAUAAGCACAAGUUAUUAAGAUUAAAGCCAGCCCUGAGAGUUGGAGCCCUGCUCAUAUAGUCUUAUACAGGGGGGUUAGAAUGAAGUCACCCCCACUGUCUGGACUGGAGCCCAUGAAGAUCUGUAUGGGGUUCAUGAAACAUCCAGGACCUUUUAAGAUAGUUGCUUAAUCUUCAAAAAGCCUAUUUAGUCAUAAGUAGUGACUAAAUUACUUACAAUUCUAUUUGUCAGAACUUCACAGAAACAAAUCUCUGAAGUAUCAGGCCUGUUUAUUUAUUCUUUGCGAUUGUUUGUUUGUUUUUGUAACUGUAACUAAGUGCCAUUCCUCCAUGGACUGUCACUGUCACGGAGAGGUGUCUUGUGAUGUAUUCAGAGGCACUUUUACUACCUUACCUUACCCAGAAUGGAACUCAUCUGGCCCAGGUCUGGCGCAGAUCCGUUUGUGUUGGGAGCGGUCAGGGUGUACAUUCGCAUGUACUGAACACUGUGCGUUCGCACUUGGCCAAGUUAAACAAAUUCAUCCGUCUCACUUUAUGUCAAUGGAUGAACACCACUUUGUGUAAUAUGUCUGUGCACAUGAAUGUAGCUGUGGGAAAUGUAAAUAAGUAAUAAUAUAUUGUAUGGUUUUAAUUAAUGGGAAAAAAAGAAAGUGAAAUAAAGAUGAUCUGUUACUGUA